CCUUAGCCUACAGUUUUAGAGAUCAGCAUUUGCGUCAAUGUUCAGGAACGUCCCGGUUUUGGGGGCAGUCAUGGGUCUUGUGACAUGGGCUUUGUGACAUGGGUCUUGUGAUAUGGGUUUUGUGAUAUGGGUCUUAUGAGAGGCAUCUGGUUAUCUGGUCUGACCACCACCCUUCUUACGACCCGGGGAGCCUGUAUCCGAAUUUCUUGCUCAGGGGCAGAAAAACAAGUUGUUUUGCAAUGCGGGCUCCUGUAAAAAGUCUUGAGAAAGCUAAAUUGAUUUCUAUGGUCUGUUCUGGGCCAGUUCCUCACAGGGAUGGCUGGGCCCUUGGAGCUGCCCACGACGGAGAAACAGGAAUUCCAACGCGGAGUGUGGGUGUGUGUGUGUGUGGGGGGUGUAGCGCCGCAGUGCAGCCCCCACCGGGCCACUGGGAAAGAUGUAGGUUCAAUUCCCAGCACCGCGAAACAGACAAAACGGAAAUAAGUGCCAAACUCAGGUGUCUGGACAAAGGGGUCCAGGUACUCGGGCGUCACACCCGCCCCGCCCUCCACGCGGCCCCUUCUCGGGCCAGCGGGCGCGUCAGCCCCUCACGCCCCCGGGCCCCGCCUCCUGCAGCUGCACAUCUACCGCAGCGUGGGGAACCCGUCGGAGCCCUCGCCCCCUGGAAAAAGUCAUCAAACCCCGCGAGCCCAGCGCUGCUUCGGUGCAGCCGCUACGGGACCGCGCGCUACUCAGCGCUGAUCGGGACCGGCACGUGCGACCCGGAUGGGCGUGGCCGUGGGCGUGACUAGCGGGGUGUGGGCGGGCCCCGGCGGUGAUUCGCGGGUUCAGGCAGGGCGAGGGGCGGGGCCCUGAGGGUGUGGACGGGUCCAUGCAAAAUAUGAGAGGCUGAGCGGAGGGGGCGGGGCCUCGGGAAGCCUGGCAGGCGAUGGUGUGGGCGGGGCCUCAAGGGGGCUGGGGGAGUGUGGGCGUGGCCGUGCGGGAGGGGCACCUAGAUGUGCUAGAUGUGAGCGGGGUUGCGAGCCCGGAGGACAGGACGUUGCUGGAGGUGGGCGUGGCUUCGCGGAAGAGGGCGUGGCUUUCUGGAGGGGGCGGGGCCGGGCCCUUUAUCCCGGGCGGCCCGCGGGGCGCUGCACCGGCCGAGUCCAUGCAGCCGCGCAGCCCCAGAGCCGGCCCGCGCGGGGGCCCGCGGCCCUGGGCCGCCCUCCUCCUGCUGCUGCCGUUGCUGGCUGCGGGGGCGCCGGCAGACCCGCAGCUCCCGGCACUGCUGCAGCGGGCGGCGCGCGCGGCUCUGCACUUCUUCAACUUCCGCAGCGGCUCGCCCAGCGGCCUGCGGGUGCUCCGCGCGGUGCAGGGGGGCGGCGCGCGGGUCAGUGGAGAGGACACCUUGGUGGACGUGACCUUUGCUGCGGAGCGCUUCCGCCUGGAGGGGCCGCCACAGGCCGGGAGGUGCCGGGCCCUGGUGCGGUUCGCACCCCGCAGGCCGCGGGCUGCGGUGAACGUGACGUGCGCGCAGCUGCUGGAGCGGGGCCGGCGGGAGCACGAGGACCGGCAGCUGUUCGCGCUCCUGCGGGACCUGCCCGCGCCGUCCGCCAACACCAGCGUCCCCGACAGCCACGGGCACGUGGCGCCCACGCUGAGGCCGCUGUGGGAGCUGGCGCUCCUGGGCAGCUCCUUCGUCAUGUGGGAGAAGAGCACGUGGGCAGCGCGCUACAGCCUGGCCCAGCUCACCGGGGUGCAGCAGUGGGAAGCGAGCAGUGACGCGAUCCGCUUUGCCUACACGGUCCUGCUGCACGAGUUCAUGACGCAGGAGAUGCUGCCCUGCCGCAUCCGCCUGGCCUGGGCCCCUGGCAGCCCCCCGAGGGUGAAGUACCACUGCAGGGAGCAGGUGCCCCAGGAGGCAUCCGGCGCCGAGCAGCGCGGUGACUUCUGAGGGAGCGGCGGGCCGGGUGCUGGUGGCGGUCCCCCCCCUCCACCCGUGCCGCAGAACCAGGCCUCCGGUCCCCGGGGAAGCGACACCAGCACCAGGGAGAGCCGCGCUCCUUUCCCCAUAGCCCUGGGUCACUCUGCCCCAGGGGCACGCGUGCUGGCCCGAGGGACACCCAUGGCCGUCUGGGCGCAGACAGGACAGACGCUGUCUUGCCUCUGCUGGUGCGCAGCCCGGGCCCCAGCCCCAAGCAGAGCCAGUGUGUGCCCGCCCAGGAGCCUGGGCCCCGACAGUACCUUCCAAUAAAUUUCGCGUUUCAAAACGUGUUGGUAAGAACUGAGUGAAAACACGCUGACCCGGAGCUGAACUCUCGCGUCUGGGAGUUCAAGGGAAAACAGACCGAGCCGAGCAUCCGGGCAGCCGGCCGACGGGGCGGGUCACGGCAGGGCCAGGGAACAGCAGCACACGGGGAACGUGCCGUCGCCCCUCAACACUCGCCUCCGGAGUCCUCCAGCCGGUUCCCUGGGAAACAAGCUGACGCGCAUGUGGCCCCGCACCACCAGGGGUCCCUCCUGAGCACCACGGGCGGCACAGGGACAGGCCCCCACACAGCCA